AUACUGUUUGUAUAUCACGUGCAAUGUUUACAUAAAUACAAAAAACACAAACUGAAUUAUCACAAACGUAUAUAUAUUAGUUUUUGUAGUGUUAAACGUCAGAAAUCACGUUCUCUCAUAGGCAGAAUAUUUACAAUAUUCUCCUGUGAAUCGUUUCCAAUUGGAAGGAAAUUUAUGAAAUUUAUCAACAUAACCUUACUCAAAAGAAUCGACAAGUGUUUUUGUUGCUAGCGGUUGUCAAGGCUAAAUUAAACUGACCCAACCCAUAAAAUAUUGUUUGCAGUCAAGCUAAUUGACUAUUCUUGAUUGCCUAAUGAGUUUACAAAAAAGUCACUAAAGGUUGAGAGAUAUUUUUGUUCCAUUGGCCAAUAAGAAAUGAAAUUCUAAUGUUAACAACAAAGUUUGAUAUCAAGCAAGAUAUUUACGUUUUGUUUACAUUCGUAAUUAUUUUACAUUCCUGCCAUUGUUGUGUUUCGGAAAAUUAUUGUGAUCCACUUAAAAAGGCGAUAAAAUCAGUAAAGAAUUGUGACACUUUUUGCACUUUUUCUAUGCUAAGUGGAGUGACAAAAAUGAUUCAUCAUAAGUGUAUAAAGGGACUUUAUCCUUCGAGUAAUAUUCUUAGAUUUGAAAUUCCCGAGGAUAAAGUGCCCUGGAGUGUGGAAUUUGAAGAAUAUCAACCAGUGGAAUAUAAUUCACCAGUAUUGAUAGGAAAACCUUGGGCAGAUCCGGAUACAAAUGAUUCUUCGUUCGAACCAAAAUGGAAUUUGCAAGACGGCAAAGUGAAUCGAAAGAGUUACGUGAAAGAUUACGAAAUAACAGUGGACGGAGUACCUCAGAAUCCAAUUGGAAGAACUGGUAUAAUUGGUCGAGGACUUUUGGGUCGUUGGGGACCGAAUCAUGCGGCCGAUCCAAUUGUCACCCGUUGGAAGCGAAAUGGCACGGGCGCUUUGGAAAUUGACAGAAAAUCGGAGAAACCAAUUCUCCAAUUUGUCGCUAUAGAGAGAAAGGAUUCGAAAGAAUGGGCAAUUCCUGGAGGAAUGGUUGAUCAGGGUGAAAAAAUAUCGCAAACUUUAAAGCGUGAAUUUAUGGAGGAAGCACUCGAUGCUCUCGAUAAGACACCAGAGGAACGGGAGGAAUUGGAGAGUGCUUUGAAAAAAUUCUUUGAUCGUGAUGAUAAAAUUUAUCAGGGCUACGUGGAUGAUCCACGAAAUACCGACAAUGCUUGGAUGGAGACAAUGGCUUUGAAUUUUCACGACGAAGACGGCAGUACAGUUGGUGAAAUAAAUUUAAAAGCCGGUGACGAUGCCGGCAAUGUGCGAUGGAUGGACGUCGACAGAAAAAUGAUCCUCUACGCAAAUCAUUCCGAUUUUAUUAAACAAACAGUGCACAAAAGAAACGCUCAUUGGUAACAGAAGAGUACAAACAAAAAUUGCCUUUACCAAAAUAUUUUUAUACUAUCUAUCUAAAAAAAUAUUUUUCGAUUUUCCUUUCUCACGGAGGAAGUGUUUUUUAAAUGAAAAUAUUGUUCCUUUGCUUC